UCUUCUUCACAGGGCUCAACCUUCGUGAAAAAAAAGGAGGGGAGAUCCUGGUGUUCCGGCAUUUCGUGGUUUGUAAGGUAUAAACCAUUUCGCCGGAACCCAGAGGAAUAAUGUCUUCCCCUAAUAAGAAAUCUGAACCCCAUAACAACACACCCGAUGACGCCACCCCCGACGACUCCACCCCCGACAACGCCACUCCCGAUGACUCCACACCGGACAAUGCCACGCCCGACAAUGCCACACCCGACAAUGCCACGCCCGAUAAAUCAAAUGGAUCACAUAAAUCGUCGUCCACUCAUUCACCACCGAGCAAAGAUUCACAUAAAUCGCUGUCGCAUGAAAAGCUGGCAGCGUCAAACAACGAGGAUGGCACGAAUAAAGCAGCAUUGGGAGCGGGGAUCGGAGUUGGGUUUGUGAUUCUGGUGUUGGUCGUUGUGUGUUUGGUUUGGUGUUGCAGGAGGAAGAAGCGAAAGCAGAAUAAAAACUACUAUUACGCAUCUCCUUCUAAAGGAAAAGCAGCUAACAAUUAUUACAACACUGGACAACAAUCUCUUCCUCAUUGGCAAGCAGGAGCUGGUCCUCAUAUGGGGGAGCAUGUUGUGAGGGUUCAACAACAGCAACAACAACAGGGGAUGGGGAUGGGGAUGGGGAUGGGGAUGCAGAUGGGGAUGCAGAUGGGAAUGGGAAUGGGUCCUCCUAGUGGUGGCUGGGGAACAUCACAUCCUCAAAUGAGCAGUGGUGAUAUGAGCUCUAAUUAUUCAGCGGGUAUGGGUUCCACAUCGCCAGGCCUUUCUCUGACGCUGAAAAGUGGUACCUUCACUUAUGAGGAGCUAGCAGCUGCCACCAAAGGAUUUGCCAAUGACCAGAUUAUUGGACAAGGUGGCUUUGGUUAUGUCCAUAAGGGAGUUUUGCCUAAUGGAAAGGAAGUGGCUGUUAAGAGUCUAAAAGCAGGUAGUGGACAAGGAGAACGCGAAUUCCAAGCUGAGAUUGAAAUCAUCAGUCGAGUUCAUCAUCGUCAUCUUGUGUCACUUGUUGGAUAUUGCAUUUGUGGAGGCCAAAGAAUGCUCGUCUAUGAAUUUGUUCCCAACUCAACUUUGGAACAUCACCUUCAUGGUAAAGGUAUGCCUACCAUGGAUUGGCCUACUAGAAUGCGAAUUGCUAUUGGAUCUGCCAAAGGGCUUGCCUACCUUCACGAAGAUUGUAGCCCUCGAAUUAUCCAUCGCGACAUUAAAGCUUCUAAUGUCCUUCUUGAUCUAAGCUUUGAAGCCAAGGUGUCUGAUUUUGGACUUGCAAAGUUGACCAAUGAUACCAAUACACAUGUCUCAACUCGUGUCAUGGGAACAUUCGGGUACUUGGCCCCAGAAUACGCAUCAAGUGGAAAAUUGACAGAGAAGUCCGAUGUUUUCUCAUUUGGGGUGAUGCUUUUGGAACUCAUAACAGGGAAACGACCUGUAGAUCCAACGAAUGCCAUGGAAGACAGUUUAGUGGAUUGGGCUCGACCACUCCUGAAUAAAGGAUUGGAGGAUGGGAACUUUGGAAUGUUGGUGGAUCCAUUUUUGGAAGGUAACUACAAUGCCCAGGAAAUGACAAGAAUGGCAGCUUGUGCAGCUGCAAGCAUCCGUCAUUCUGCUAAGAAGCGUUCAAAAAUGAGUCAGAUUGUGAGAGCACUGGAAGGAGAUGUCUCAUUGGAAGACUUAAAAGAUGGAAUGAAACUUACAACAGGGAAUGGGAAUAGUGGUGCCUACCCUUCUUCGUCUGGAAGCUCAGAAUAUGAUACCAUGCAAUACAAUGCUGAUAUGGCAAAGUUCAGACAGGCAAUAAUGUCCAGCCAAGAAUUUAAUGACAGUGGUGACCUUUCCAGUAAGGAGAUCGGUUAUCAUUAGAAACCUUUGGAAUGCUCAAUCAAAAUCAACUAAUUCUCACCACAUAAUUAAGUCGCUUACUUAACGUUUUGCUAAUCUCAAGUCACAAUACCAAAAAAUAUAUCAAGGGGUUCUUGUUUUUUUUUUUUUUAUCUAUUUCAUAUUAUGUAGGAAAUGGGGGAAUCAAUGAUUUGGUUUUGUGGCCCUAUUAGUAUGUUUGAGAUGCACGUUACAACGCGCUAUUAUAAUGUAACAUUCUUUUAAUUCUUUAUUUAUCUUCUCAUUUGGCAUUAUGUGCAAUUUUUUAGAGAUUCGUAAAAG